UUGUGAUUCAUUGUUCAUAACCUUCUGAAAAUGCGCGAAUUGUAACACUGGUCUCGUCGACAAUAUAACCGACUGUGUGAAACCAUAUCAAACACUGACAAAGUUAAAGUAUACUUAUCCAUACACCCAUUGUUCUCGGUAAUGAUAGCGUCUGACAAGGAUAAUAUGAGGAAAAAACUCCUAUCUAACAACCUACUCAAUUUUUACAUUAUUUGAUACCACCUCCCACAGUUUACAAGAACCCAUAUUCGUCGAAAAAGUGCUUUUUAGUUGUAAUGUAUUGAUAAGAGUGAAGUUCUAACUUACUGAGGUUUCUAAAUGACGCUGAGUAAACAUAUAUCAAAUACAACUGUAGUGUCUGUAAAGUAACUUAGUUUUUCACUAAUCAAACAUUAUGUUGCAUAUUCAGAAAUCAAAAUGUUUAUUACUAAGGUAAUAGCUUCUUGACUUGUUUGAAGAAACAGCUAAUAACUAUGCUGUUCUUAUCAAAGCGUAAAUAGUUGUUGAUUCAUACCCAUAGUUCGCGAUACUGAUCGUUAACCUUGGUAAUGACCAGAUGUUCUACAAAACGGGCUAGUCCUUAAAUCGUUUUGCAUAUCACUUAUUAGUUCUUCAUAGGACCUCGAACGUAUUUUCUUCCUGAUUACGACGCUUUUUUAUCCUUGCAGGUUUUAUAAAUUUGGAAGGUCUGUGAGGCUGUGAAGGACAAAUUCUAACUGCAUACCGUUUAAAAUAUGGUUGAAGUUUACAAACUAAGAUGCACUUUGUCGGGCCACAAGAGUGACGUCCGUGCAGUUACUUGCCCUUCGGAUAACCGAGUUAUUUCCGCUUCAAGAGAUCUGACAGCUAUUACCUGGCAUAUUUCCAAGGAAGGUUGUGAUGGCUGUAAAGAUACGGUUCUUCUUGGACAUAAGAAUUACGUUUCAGCUGUGUGUUGUCAAGAGUUAGACAAUGACUGCCAUAUUCUUACAGGAUCACAUGAUAAACUAAUUCGAGGAUAUAGUUUCGUGUCUCCAGAAGCACUUUUCACAUUAGAAGGGCAUACAGAUGCAGUAUGUACUUUAGCAGUUGGAAAUCACAAAACCAUAAUUAGUGGUUCCUGGGAUAAAUCAAUAAAAUUAUGGCAGAAAGAGAAGUGCGUUUCUACUCUGAUAGGACAUGAAGCAGCAGUAUGGUGCGUGCUCACUAUGUCGGCCGUGAAGUUAACCGGUCAUGUUGAUGACAUUAUUGUUAUUUCUGGCUCAGCUGAUCGAACUAUACGUAUAUGGUGUCUACGUGGUCUUAAUCAAGACAUAAAUUCGCCCGAGAUAAUUUUACUAAAUUCUUUAAAUGAACACAAAGACUGUGUACGAGCCUUGGCAUGUAUUGAUGAUUCACGAUUUUUAUCAGCGAGUAAUGAUGCCAGUAUAAGAGCUUGGGAUGCUACUACUGGUACAUGUAUUGGAGAAUUUUAUGGACACACGAAUUUUGUUUAUGGACUGGCUAGUUUGCCUAAUUUUCCAAAAUUCGUUUCUUGUGGUGAAGAUAGGAGUAUUCGUGUCUGGCUUCUACCUUCGGCAAGUGAAUGGGCUGCUGGAAAACAGUUUUGUUGCUUUCAAACUAUUUUAUUGCCAUGUCAAUCUGCGUGGUGUGUAGCUCUGGUUCCAAAUGGCGAUAUUGUUGUCGGAGGCAGUGACUCAAUGAUUCGGAUAUUUUCAUGUGACACAAAACGCCAAGCAUCUCCAGAUGUUUUGAAACUUUAUGAGACAGAAUUGGCAAAUUUCAAGAUUACAGUUUCUAAUUCCUCUGAACCUGGAGAUUUGGUUUUGAACAAUUUACCGGGAGUUGAUGCUUUAACAAGACCAGGGAAAUCGGAAGGACAAAUCAUGGUCAUUAACGAUAACGGUCGUUCUGUUUGUUAUCAAUGGUCUUCACAUGAUACUCGAUGGAUUGAAGUUGGUGAUGUUGUAGGAAGUCAACCUUCUAAUCGUCAAGUUUAUGAAGGCAAAGAAUAUGAUUUUGUGUUUACGGUUGACAUUGACGAUACCAUGCCCGAGCUUAAACUUCCUUACAAUCGUACUGAAGAUCCUUGGUUUGCAGCUCAUUCGUUUAUUCAAAGACACAAUUUACCUGCUGGUUAUCUGGAUACGGUUGCUAAUUUCAUUAUUCAAAAUGCAGGACCGCCAAUUACUCCUAUUGUCAGCAAUGAUCUUUCUCACAGUGAUCCUUUUACUGGAGCGCAUCGAUAUAUUCCUAACAGCUCUUCCUCGACGAUAACAAAGUCUACCGCAAAUGGGACAUCAGUUUCCACUCCUUAUUUUCCAUCCGAAACCUUUAUAUCUAUGAAGUCAAUCAGCCUCGGCCCCUUAAUGACGAAACUGGAAUCAUUCAAUGUACACUCACCGGUCCCAUUAAAUAAUGAAUUCUUAGAAGAAUGUAGAAAAUUCAACGUUGAUGAUUGUACUGAAACCGAAGCUGUUCAUCUUGCCACUGAUAUUUUAGAAGCAAUAAAAAAGUGGACUCCUGAUACAAUAUUUCCUUUAUUGGAUAUUCUACGUUGUUUAGUUUUUUGGCCGAUAUCCAGUGAUAUUAUAUUUGAAACAGUGAAUUGGGAUUAUCUUCUGUCAGUUAGUCUUAACAAUCCUGAUUUGUCAAGUGCAAAUUGUUUAUUGAUAUUACGUCUGUUAGUAAACUGUUUAGCUGCCGAUGGUCCAAGAUUUAUUGACAUUAUUCGAUGUCAGUCGAUUUCAUCAUCAUCCUCAGCAAGUAAUAGUGAUAAACCAAAUGUGCCAAAAUCCUUAAUUACUGCUGUUGGAAUGACUGGGAGAUUAAUCGAACUUGUCAAUGAUAAUAAAUUGCAGUUUGUAGCGCGUAAACCUCACCAGGUUGCAUUGGCCAACUUGAUGUAUAAUAUGUCUGUACUUGUCCAUUUAUCGAAACAAUUAUCUAUCGAGUCAAGUAUAUUUCCUCAACUACGUUUUGUAUCUGGUGUCUGUAUUCGAAUAAGCCUUAAUAUUCUAUCACUUGCUUUGGAACACGGUUGUAGUGGUGUUACACAAUUACAUCCAGAAGCUGUAAAUCAUUUAUUUGUAUCACUUGGUACCUGUUUAUUAUCAGUAACUUCAGGAUCUAAUUCAACAAACGAGCAACUAAGAACACAACGUAUUCGUGUCCUUGCUUCAGCUAUGAUUGGUCUGAAAGAUUUAUCUCAAAGCGUUGAAAGCGAUGUAAAAAGUGCUACAAAUGCAGAUGAAAUUACCGCCUGGGAAUCAGUUCGUAAAAUUAUCAAUUACUGGAUGACUACACCUACGGCUUGUCCUAAUGUACGAGCGUGUGCAUCUCAGUUACUUUCAAUUUUAGAAUAAACGGUGUCGACUGACUGAAAACAAUAUUUGUACUUUUAAAGAAGUUUUUGCCUUUUUUGUUUAAUAUGGCUGCUUUGAAUUGUAGACUUUAAACUUGAACGGUUUACUCGUUUAGGAAGUAUUUGUAAAAGUGUCUGUGUUUCAUUUUUACUAAUGUUGACUUUCCAUUUUGUAAAGUCUUAUGAAUUAGUUUAUAUUUUAUAAAAUUGUAUUAUUUGUUAUUACUUGCAUAUUAUUUCGUAGAAAUA